AUGCAACGUAUAUGGCAGUCGGGAAUACUGUGGGAUGAGUGCAUUAAGGACCCCGAGGCAACUAUUUGGUUUCAGUGGCUGAACCAACUAAAAGCUCUAUCGAAUGUAGCUGUACCCCGGUGGUACGGAUUGCAACGGACAGCCGUAGAUAUUCAUGUCUUUGGAGAUGCCAGCGAAAAGGCGUACGCUGCCGUAGCAUUUCUAGUAGGUAUCGAUAUUGAGGGCAAUAGGGUAUGUACAAUGGUAGCUGGCAAGGCGCGCGUAGCACCCGUGAAGGUAGUGUCAAUUCAGCGUCUCGAAUUACAGGCAGCGGUUUUGGCAUGCAGAUUGGCCGUAACCGUAAAAGCUGAAGUCGAUUUCGUUAUCAACAACCUCUGGACUGACUCAAAGACAGUUCUUAUGUGGAUCAAUUCUGAUGCACGAGAUUAUCAAAAAUACGUCUCUCAUAGAACCAAGCAGAGGAUAGCAGUAAGUACGCUCACGAUAAACAAUAUACAGGAAGCUGAGCGUAUCUUACUUAAGCAGUCGCAGGCACGAUCAUUUCCAGAAGAGCUAAACACGCUGCGAGUUGGGCUUCUGUUGCCUAAAUCAAGUCGUUUGCUGAAACUCGACCCCGCGGUGUAUGACUACGAGCUGCUUCGUGUCAGGGGACGCCUUGGAGCUUCAACGGAAUUAUCAUUCGACGAGAAACACCCCGUAAUCCUUAAUGGAAGUUGUCCCAUCACACGGCUCCUUGUGCAGCACUACCAUGAACGUGCAAUGCAUGCCAACCACGAGACAGUCGUCAACAAUGUACGAGAGAGGUUCUGGGUUACUUGCAUUCGGCCUACUGUGAAGGCUGUCGUUGCACGCUGCCAGCAUUGUAGGGUACAACGCGCGCAGCCCAACCCUCCGAAGAUGGAUGACUUACCACUCGUCAGGCUCACCACCACUCGGCGAGCAUUCGUUAAUUGUGGGAUCGAUUAUUUUGGUCCCAUGGAAAUCACUAUAGGACGGCGCCGGGAGAAACGCUGGGGUGUGUUGUUCACAUGUCUGACUACACGCGCCGUCCAUCUGGAGUUGGCUGCAUCAUUCAGCAGUGACUCUGCCAUACUUGCCUUAGGCCGCUUAAUAGCGCGUCGCGGGCAACCUGCGAUAAUUCUGAGCGAACAAGGAACUCCGUGCUUCUCUGCGAGGCCUGAAUGUCAAUCAACUGCGAGGCGAGGCUUUAGCUAA